AUGCUAUAUUCACCACCGGUCUUAGCCAUUAGCGGAUUCGAGGUGACCAGCAUCAAGACGACAAGUCAUGCAUUUUCAAGCUGUGGCGACGAAGCUAAGGCUGAACAGGAGUCCAAGGCUGUGGCCCUGGAGCUACUCCAAGGCAUAAGAUCGCUCGACAAAGACGAAGCAGCAAUCCUAGGAUCUUACAAAAGAGUAGGGGCCCGAAAUGGCGAACAGAAGCAGACACCCUUCAGAAAGUCCUUCAAAGACCUGGAUCGAUGCGGCCAAUACUCAUAA